GAACCAUACCAGAAUCGACACCAUAAUCUCUGUUAUCUGUGGUCUAAUAUUGAUGGAAACACACCAACGCUUAGCGUCAUUUUUGAAUUUUGAAUUGAAAUCCGUUUCAUCAAAGACUUCGUUUCUAUGACGUGCCCAACAAACAAAAUAGUGCCCUGUUUUUAGUGAUUUUAUGUUUAAUAAAAUGUCGAGGAUUCCAAAACUGCCAAUCACUGGUACCAAAGAGAAUAGGACUGGAUUGUUGAACAAGCCCCUUUCAAGAACUCUCGCUAACACUUUGAGUGAAGCAGAUAAAAAGAACUUGUUGCUGAAUCAUACGAGACCACUACGCAAUGGACCCACAACAUCAGCACCUGCUCAAAGGCUGAAGAGAGCAGCCACUGUCCCGUCUACAACGUUAACUUCUGCCAAGGUGGCUAAGAUUGAGAAAAAACCAGCAACGGUUGCUCCCAAAAUUCCCCCUUAUGACUAUAAGGCAAGGUUUAAUGACUUGUUAGAAAAACAUAAAGUUAUUAAAGGAGAAUUUAAUGACUUGAAAGAUAAACAUGUUGAAGUAUCUGACGAAUAUGAGAAAAUUAAAGAAUCUGCUCAAUCUUCAGCAAGUGAAAGGGAUAUUCUGAAAGAAAAAUUGUUAAACACUAUUAAUGACUUGAGGGAAAAGACGAAUGACUUUGAAAGGAUAAAAAUUGACUUUGAAAUCCAAAAACACGAAAAUGAAGACUUACAUCGCAAAACCAAACUUUUGGAGGAAGUUACAAUGAGUCUGAAGAAAAAAACUACAGAAUUUGAGCAGCUACAGACUGAUUUUAAUGACCUUACCAGACGUCAUACUAGCCUCAAAGAGGAAACUGAAGCUUUAAGAGUGCUAUCAGAACAUCUUAAGAAGGUGUCUAUUGAAUUUGACAAACUACAACUCGACUACAAGGAAGCAAAAGAGAUGAUAACAAAAUAUAAAACAGAUGCUGAAGCUUUACAAAACAUUUUGGCAUCUAUGUAUAAAGAACAACGUGACUUGAGAAAUACCAUACAGGAUCUUAAAGGCAAUAUAAGAGUAUACUGUAGAGUAAGACCACCUCUAGACAGUGAGGCAUCUAAACCAUUGUUUAAUUUGAAUGUCGUCGAUGCCUGCUCAAUAGAAGUAGAAAAAAUUGAAUUGAACUUCAGUUCUGCUAGGAAAGGUAAAUCACAACAUGCGUUUACUUUUGACGGGAUAUUUACACCUCAUUCGUCUCAGGAAGAUGUUUUUGCUGAGGUAUCACCUAUGGUUCAGUCUGCUUUAGAUGGUUACAAUGUUUGUAUAUUUGCAUAUGGUCAGACUGGUUCUGGAAAAACAUAUACCAUGGAAGGUGGUUGUGGAUCAGAACAGUACGGCAUCAUACCCAGAGCAUUCAACAUGAUUUUCACCUGUAUGGAAGAUCUGAAGAGAAUGGGCUGGGAGCUUACUAUUAAGGCAUCUUUUCUAGAAAUUUACAAUGAAGUUAUAUAUGAUCUGCUGAAUUCGAGUAAAGAUCAGGUAUCUCAUGAAAUUAAAAUGGUGAAUUCAAAGGGAACAGAUAUCUAUGUUUCCAAUUUAAAAGAAGAGGAAGUUAAGAGUUCUCAUGAUUUUAUCAGAUUGAUGAUAUUUGCCCAACGUAACAGACAAACUGCUGCAACGCUUAAUAAUGAAAGAAGUUCUCGUUCACAUUCAGUAGCGCAAAUCAAGAUUUCAGCAAUCAAUGAAAAGCGUAAGGAGAAAUUUACGAGUCAUUUAAAUUUAGUAGAUUUAGCUGGUUCAGAAAGUGGUAAAACAACACAGAGAAUGGAUGAGACAAAACACAUAAAUAGAUCUUUGUCUGAACUGUCCAAAGUUAUAUUGUCUUUGCAGACCAAUCAGUCUCAUAUACCAUACAGAAAUUCAAAACUUACGCAUCUUUUGAUGCCCAGCUUGGGAGGCAACUCUAAAACCCUUAUGUUGGUCAAUAUCAACCAAUUUGAUGAAUGCUUUGGUGAAACUCUGAACUCUUUAAGGUUUGCUACAAAAGUAAACAGCUGCAGGACAAUUAAAGCUAAGAAGAAUUUAACAAUGGUUGAUACAUUAUAAUAACAUUGUUUCUAUAAAUAGAUUAUGUUAGCUAAAUAACAUUAGUUUGAUGAGGUUUUCUACAUUUUAGUUGUUACAUUGAGUAAGAUAAAUGUGACUGUUCUGCAUUGUUUGUGACAAAUUAAAAAUAAACAGUUGAUAAAGUACACACAAAAUGGGUAUGUGUGGAACUUCAUCAACUUUUGUAAAAAAAAUACUUGAUUACUUGAUUUCUAUGACAUUCAUUAGUGAUUAUUACAUGAUUAUUCUUUAAUUUUGAAUACUUUAAUGCUUUAACUUUAAUCACCAUUUAAUAUAACGAAUAUAUUUGUUCAAUGUA